GACAAUUUUAUCUCCCAAUACAGGAGAGCACUGAACUGCUGAAAGCUUGCCGAAAACCGACCAAAACCCAAAAAGCCCACAAUGUCGGUUAUCUUGGAAACUUCUCUUGGCGAAAUUACAAUUGAUUUAUUUACUGACGAACGACCACGUUCAUGUUUGAAUUUCUUGAAGCUGUGUAAAAUCAAGUACUACAAUUUCUCUUUGUUUUACUCUGUGCAGAGAAACCUUGUUGCCCAGACUGGUGAUCCUACAGGAACUGGCAAGGGAGGAGAGUCCAUUUAUGGAAAGCUAUAUGGAGAACAAGCAAAGUUCUUUGAGAUGGAGCAAGCACCAAGAAUGAAGCAUUCCCGCGCUGGUCUAGUUUCCAUGGUAAAUAAUGGACAGAAUAUGCAUGGAUCCCAGUUCUUCAUAACAUUGGCAGACAAUCUGGAUUACUUGGAUGGUAAGCACACAGUGUUUGGAGAGGUGGCUGAAGGGAUGGAUGUGUUGAUGGAAAUUAAUGAAGCAUACUGUGACGAGGACAACAGACCGUACAAAGAUAUCAGGAUAUACCACACUAUAGUACUUGAUGAUCCAUAUGAUGAUCCGGAUGGACUUGAAGUUCCAGACAAGUCCCCAGAACCCACCAAAGAACAAUUAGAUACUGUCAGAAUUGGUGCUGAUGAGGAGGUGGAUGAUUUCAAAGGGAUGACAGAGGAAGAAGUCAGGGAGAUACUGGAGGAGAAGGAAGCCAAAGCAAACGCCCAGAUUCUGGAAAUGGUUGGGGACCUCCCUGAUGCCGAGGUGAAGCCCGAGGACAAUGUCCUGUUUGUCUGUAAGCUGAAUCCUGUCACAACCGAUGAAGACCUGGAGGUCAUUUUCUCCAGAUUUGGAACCAUUAAAAGCUGUGAAGUGAUCAGGGACCACAAAACCAAAGAAUCCUUGCAAUAUGCUUUCAUCGAGUUCGAAAAGAAUGAGGACUGUGAGAGUGCCUAUUUCAAGAUGGACAACGUACUGAUAGACGACCGCAGGAUACACGUCGACUUCAGCCAGUCCGUCGCCAAGCUCCACGGCAAAGGCAAAGAUGAGAAAAAAUCAGAUGAAGCAAAGGAGAAAUAUGUGAUCCGGGAUCGGCUGACGCGACAAGACAAUCGAUAUGAUUUAGUGUUUGAUGAUGAUGACGACGAUGACAAGAAAAAGAAACCAAAGAAGAAAAAGAAACACAAAGAAAGAAAGCAAAGUGAAAGUGAAAGUGAUGAUGAGUCAUAUAAGAAGAAGAAGAGGGGCAAUAGUAGAUCAAGUAGCCCUAGAAGAAAAGACAGACGAUCGAGUCGAUCACGGAGUCCAGUACACAGAGCUCAAUCUCCACGGAGAACACGCAGGGAAGAGGAGGAUCAUGGGAAUUCCUGGCAGAAAAAGUCAAAACAUCACGACAACAGAAAUAGGCGGGACAGAUACAGUUCAUCACCAGAGAGGUCAAAGUUGAAAAGGUCAUCAGAAAGGUCAUACGAGGAUAGAGAAAGGAGGAGUGAUAGAGACAGUAGAGAUAGAAGGAGUGAUAGAGACAGUUAUAGGGAAUCUGAGGAGAGAAAUAGAGACCGAAGGAGGAGUAGAGAAAGAGAGAAGGACAGGCAUAGAGAUAGAGAUGGGGAUAGAGACAGAUAUAGGGAUAAAAGACGAUGAGGCCAUACUUCUAUUGAAAUGUUUUGUAAAAAAAAAAUUUGGUUAAAAAAAAAAAAUCUUUAACUUCUUUGUAUUUAUUGUUUUUUUACAGAACAGUCAACACUCAUAAACAACUUGCUUAAAAAUUAUCACAUUGAAUCUUUGUGGAUCAUGAUGGAAGUAAUCAGGAGUCUGAGUUAUUCGAGUUUGUUAUAUGUUCAGAUUUAUUAAUAUCGACUUUGAUGAAAUUUUAUCUGCUUACUUCAACCUUGGGAUGCUGUUACUUGCAGUACUAGUUUCACUGCAGUUACAUGUAUGUGUAUGUAUAGCUGAUGUUACAGAGAACUUUUUAGUCUUGAAUUGACUGUCCCUUGUUUAUUGUGCACACU